UCGCGCGCAUCUCAUCUGCGAAACAAAAAAAAACGAAUUAUUUAAUUAUUAAUAAUACUAUAAAAUUAAUCUAUUAAAAUUUAUUAAAUACAUAAAAUAAUAUAUUCUAUUUAUGUUUAUUAUAAGAUAUUAACAUUUAUCAGCAUAAAUUGAUAUAAUAAUCAAUGUGUUAUGUUUGUUAUCGCGAUUUAUUUGCAUUAUAAGACGAUUCGUUGUUAAUGUUAUACAAUAAUUUAGUGUUCAACCUAGUUAAGAAUUAAGUGAAGGGUUUUGUAUGGUGUAACUCCAACGGAUGCUGGCUUUAAGACAUUCGCCCUCAUUUCUCUGUCUGUCGUAACACGGCGUUUGCUGAGACGUUUAAAAAACGGAGGUGUCUCAAUAAAUAAAGAGAUAACAAUGGAGCUGCUAUAUGAUGCAGAUGGUACACCUUUUGUUAUGUGGGGCGACAAUGUGAUACGGUUAGAGAGAAUGCCGGUAACAGAAAAGGAAUAUGUAGAAAAAGCUGAAAAAGAAUUGAGAGAGACGCCCGAGAUCGUUGAAAAGGCUGUUGCAGAAUUAAGAGAAAUGUUAAAAAAAGACACCUCGCUCUUCGUACCGCUUCAAGAUGAUAACUAUUUGAUGAAAUUCCUAAGACCAUCAAAGUUUUAUCCAGAAAGUGCUUUCAAAAGAAUACAAGCGUACUACAAAUUUAGGCAGUCGCAUGAAAGCUAUUGUUCCAACCUGGUGCCAAGUGCAGUGAAGCCUGCUUUCGACCACUCUAUCAUAUCAAUUCUGGCGCCUAGAGAUCAGCAUGGACGACGCAUCAUGCUUGUGGAAUCCGGAGAGCGCUGGCAACCUCGCCUAGUUCCACUAUCUGACGUAUUCCGCGGCGUUCAAUUGGCGCUGGAGUCGGCGAUGUCGGAACCGCGGACGCAGAUCAAUGGCGUUAUCGUGAUACUAGACAUGAAAGGCCUUUCUUUCUCACAGGUCAUGCAGUUCACGCCCUCCUUUGCCAAAAUGGUCGUAGACUGGAUUCAGGACUGCAUACCAAUUCGUCUCAAGGCAGUUCACAUUGUGAGCCAGCCUUACAUAUUCAACAUGUUAUUUGCGAUCUUCAAACCGUUCUUGCGCGAGAAGUUGCGCUCGCGCAUCUUUUUCCACGGCUCUGAUAAGCAGUCUCUACUCACGCACGUCGAUCCUAAAGCUCUGAGGAAACGUCACGGCGGUCUAUUGCCUGAGCCGGAGAUCAAUGGGGAGGUAUUAUGGAAAAUGUUGCAUCAUUAUGAAGAAAAUUUCAAAGUUGCUAACUCCUACGGUUACGUGUCAAACAACAAUAAGAGAUAAAGUCUGAAGGCAGGCAGUGUAAAAACCUCAAAACCACAUAAAAUUAAAAUACUUUAGCUUAUAAGGAAUAGAUUUAAGAAUUGUAAACUCAUAAGUGUUUUAAAACGACGACAGCUCUCUUGAAUCAAAUUUUCAGCUCAUAGAGAUAACUGUGUAUUUUAUUUUGUUAAAUAUGCGUCUCGAAAUAAAUCUUAGAUUUUUACUUGACUGUACCAUUUAUUAUAAAUAUAAAGGGUAUGGGUAGAUUACUAUUAUAUGUAUUUAUCACGAAAUGCUAAAGAUUUUAUGACGUAUCUAGUGUCUUGUGUCUAUUUUUUAUAUUUGACAAUUGAGAUUAAUAAAAAUAUAUUUAAAAGAAC